GUCUUCUAUUCAACCCCAUAGCGGUGAGAACGGCAAUGGCCCAUGAAGAGUUUUGGAUACACGGAGAGUGGCUUGUCCACCAAGGUCAUCAUCAGACACUGGAGCACCUAUAAAACACUCAAAACUGGUGUGUGUUUUUGGGGCCUGUGGGGGAGCAAAAGGUGACGGUACAGUAUUCCAGAGAGAUUCUAGUUGGAGACAGCAGCUUCUAUAAGAUCAACCAUGAUCCCCAUCACUGAGUUGCGGUACUUUGUGGACACACAACCGGCAUACCGCAUCCUGAAACCAUGGUGGGAUGUGUUCACAGACUACAUAUCCAUCAUUAUGCUUAUGAUUUCUGUGUUUGGAGGGACACUGCAGGUCACCCAGGACAAGAUGAUCUGCCUGCCCUGCAAAUGGGUGGUCAAUCAAACCUGCAGGAAGAACUUUAAUUCUACUCUCUCCUCAUCAUUGUUCUUGGAGCCCAAAGGGAUCCAGUAUGAUUUGGACCGCCACCAGUACAACUAUGUGGAUGCUGUGUGCUAUGAGAAUAGAUUGCACUGGUUUGCCAAGUAUUUUCCUUACCUAGUAUUACUUCACACACUUAUUUUUCUAGCUUGCAGCAACUUUUGGUUUAAGUUCCCACGGACUAGUUCCAAACUAGAGCACUUUGUAUCCAUCUUGCUGAAAUGCUUUGACUCCCCAUGGACAACUAGGGCACUGUCAGAGACGGUGGUUGAAGAGAGUGACCCAAAGCCAAUGAAAAUGAACGGCUCAAUGGACCACAAGGAAUCUGUUAUCAGUGAGGAUGUUGAAGCCAGUGUUCCUAUGCUCCAAAGAACAAAGACACGCCUUGAGCAGGGCAUUGUAGAUAGAACAGAAACCGGGGUUUUGGAUAAGAAAGAGGGUGAGCAGGCAAAAGCACUCUUUGAAAAAGUAAAGAAGUUCCGUAUACACGUUGAAGAAGGAGACAUUGUUUACAGACUGUAUAUUCGUCAAACUAUCAUUAAAGUUAUCAAGUUUAUUCUGAUAAUCUGCUAUACAGGGUAUUACGUGCACGAUAUCAAAUUCAGUGUUGACUGUUCGGUGAAUAUAGAGAGCCUGACCGGUUACAGUGUGUACCGAUGUGCUCACCCCUUGGCUACACUUUUUAAAAUAUUAGCCUGUUUCUACAUUAGCUUAGUAAUGGUGUAUGGUUUGAUCUGCAUGUACACACUUUCCUGGAUGCUUCGGCGCUCUCUAAAGAAGUACUCCUUUGAGUCAAUACGGGAAGAGAGCAGCUACAGUGACAUACCCGAUGUGAAGAAUGACUUUGCAUUCAUGAUGCACAUGAUAGAUCAGUAUGACCCUCUGUACUCCAAACGCUUUGCUGUGUUCCUCUCAGAAGUAAGCGAAAAUAAACUGAGGCAACUCAACCUCAACAAUGAGUGGACGCUGGACAAGCUCAGGCAAAGGAUCACCAAGAACUCUCAAGAGAAGUUGGAGUUGCACCUUUUCAUGCUAAGUGGCAUUCCAGACACAGUAUUUGACCUGAUGGAGCUGGAGGUUGUUAAACUGGAGCUUAUCCCUGAUGUCACCAUCCCGCCUAUCAUCGCCCAGUUGGUCAACUUGCGAGAGCUGUGGCUUUACCACACACCGGCCAAAAUUGAAUCGCCAGCAUUGGCUUUUUUGCGUGAGAACUUGAAGUCUCUGCACAUCAAGUUCACUGACAUCAAAGAGAUUCCAUUAUGGAUCUACAGUUUGAAGAAUCUUAGUGAGCUUCAUCUCACAGGGAAUCUCAGUGCGGAGAACAACCGUUACAUUGUCAUUGAUGGGCUCCGGGAGCUUAAGAGGCUCAAAGUUCUUCGUCUGAAGAGCAAUCUCACCAAGCUGCCUCAGGUAGUGACUGAUGUGGGCAUGCACCUCCAGAAGCUUUCCAUCAAUAAUGAAGGCACCAAGCUGAUGGUGCUCAACAGCCUGAAGAAGAUGGUCAAUCUAACUGAGCUAGAGCUCAUUCGCUGUGAUCUAGAACGCAUACCACACUCAAUCUUCAGCUUGCACAACUUGCAGGAGAUUGAUCUAAAAGACAACAAUCUAAAGACCAUUGAGGAGAUCAUCAGCUUCCAGCACCUUCAUCGGCUGGUCUGCCUUAAGCUCUGGUACAACCAGAUUGCCUACAUUCCCAUCCAGAUUGGCACACUGACCAACCUGGAGAAACUUUACCUGAACAGAAACAAGAUUGAGAAGAUCCCCAGCCAGUUGUUUUAUUGCCGCAAGCUGCGCUUCCUGGAUUUGAGCCAUAACAACCUAACCUAUAUCCCUACAGACAUAGGCUUCCUCCAGAAUCUUCAGUACCUGGCAGUUACUGCCAACAGGAUUGAGAGCCUGCCUAAUGAGCUGUUCCACUGCAAAAAGCUUCGCACUUUGAACUUGGGGAACAAUUGCCUGCAGUCUCUGCCAUCGCGGUUCGGAGAGCUGACCGGGCUGACACAGCUAGAGCUGAGAGGAAACCGUCUGGAGUGUCUGCCUGUGGAGCUGGGCGAGUGCCGACAGCUAAAGAGAACGGGUCUCGUGGUAGAGGAGGAUCUCUUCAACACCCUGCCCACGGAGGUCAAGGAACAAUUAUGGAAAAUUGACAAAGAACAGGCGUGAACAGGUCUGUGGCUGCGUUUUUAAACAGAUACUGACCAACUGGGCCCUGACACAGAAGGAAGACUCAUGCUGUCCUAGAGGCCUUGUUGAAUCAGGCGGUAGUUCUUCUGCAGUAUACUGUCAGUAAGGGUAGGUAAUCAUCAAGAACCAGUAACAGUUUGGAAGAACCAAAAUGCUGAAAGAUUCAGAUUUUCAGGCCUUUCCGUUUUAACCAAGUAAGGAUUCUUUUUAAGCAAUCUUGUAGCAGGGCCAUUUUGAUCAGCAGCAUGCAUUUCCAUGUUAAACUUCUUACUUACGAUGGAUAAGUAAGCAAAACAGAUGGCCAACUUUGAUAAAGACAGAAAAAUAACUUUAACUUAACGUUAACACUGUUCACAUUACUAUACCAUCAAGUUCUUGUGAAAUUAAGACAGAAUACAUUAUUAAAAUAAUCUGUCCAGUAGUGUUAUAUUUACAAAUUAGAUAGGAUGUGAGCGUUAAGACAUCUGCCUCUUAAAUUCUGUGUAGGGAUUGUCAAAUUCCAAACUCCCAUUCUUAUCGUAGCAUGCAAAGUAAUCGAUCAUGGAAACGUUUUGAGGAAAAGAUUUGCAAACGUUCACUCACAAUAGUGACUGAAAAUCUGAUUAAAUUACCAAAUGUUAUGGUGGUUUAAAGGAAAUGACCGUACCAAUUGCAAGCAAACAACACACAGAAUAAUGGCUGUUCCAUGUCUUUUAAUGUUCCAUCUUGUUUGUCCAGCGCGGACACAACCUACCGACUAACUCCCUUGUCAUUGUUUUUCUGCUGCAGAGGGAAGACCAUGGCCCUCAAAUACCUUCAUGUGGGCUUGGUUUGAAAAAAAAUGAACGGAUAACAAUUAAUAACAAAUCAGGGAUAUUUAAUGAUGAGCCAUGUCAAGCAA